AUGAUAACCAUCUCUGAGUCUGACAACUGGGAGAUAUGCUCCAGCUCUGGGAUGAAGUAUGGACAGUUUGUGGACUGGGAGAAGAUUGAUCCUGAAGCGGCAGAGAGAUACCAGCAGAUCCUGAAAAGUGGGCACCAGCAGCUGAAAACUAUGGGCCGACAGGGAUUCUGGGCCAUGCCCCAUACACUGAGGGCCAAAGCUUACUACCACAUCAUCCACGGCAUCAAUUCCAGGUUAACACUUGGGUCUGUCAUGCCAGACAGAGAAGUUUACUAUGAACUGGCCAAGAAGCACUUUGGAGAAAAGAACAUAAGCACCCACCCGGUCCCAGUGUUCAUGGAGGCUGGAGAAAUACCCAGAUACUGCCUCAACAAAGCUGGCCUGAACUCUGUUAAAAAGAUCCUUCUUUGCCUAUGCAAAUACUUCCCAGACAUGAACUUCUGCCCCAUCCUUCCUGCCUUGGUUUCCCUCCUUUUACACUUCAGCCAGGAUGAAGCUGAGUGUUUCUACAGUGUGUCCCAGCUGAUUUGCUACAAUGACCCCAACAAGCGGUACAUUGACCAGACCUUCCUGACCUACCGCGCUUCAUGUAUGACCUUCGGAGAUCUUGCCAACAGGUGUUGCCGAGGCAUCCGAAAGCUGAUUGCCAGUUCUCACCAGAACCUUUUUGAGUUUUACUCUGACUGGAUCAUGUGGAUCUUUGCUGAACUUCCAUUCACAUAUGCCAUUAGAGUGUUGGAUGUUUACCUGUUGGAAGGCUACAAGGUUCUCUACAGGGUGGCAUUGGCUUUGCUCAGCCUCUACAAAGUAUCUGUGUCGUCUCGAGUUGCAGACGUGGAGGACUUCAGAACGGAUAUGAAAAGGUUUGUGCAGAAUGUCGCUCGCCACUGCACAGCUGAGAAUCUUCUGGAAAGGGCCUGCAUGGUUCCAAUUGCCACAAGGAGAGAGCUCAACCUCCUCUUCAAUGCCAAUAAAGACUCCCUCAUGCAAAAAGGUGUCAGCAUCCACCAGAAGAGGCAGUCAGUCGAUUCAGUGGACUUUAACAACUUCAGCUCCAGUGUUGUGACAGGGACAGAGAUGAGAGUCAUCUGGGCCUGGAUACCUGAGCGCUUUGCCCUUUUCAGUCCUAUUAGGUUGUUUAGUACAGCUGAA